GCAGGAAGAGACAUGCCUGGCCGAGGUAGGACAAACAAAGCUACAGCUAAAGGAGGUAGAAGCCGCCAGCGCCGACGUCAAACGGCACCAGCGCCGACGUCAAACGGCACCAGCGCUCAGGACCAGCUCCAGCUCCAGCCCCGGCGUCAAACGCCUCCAGAACCGGUGUUAAACAGCGCCGGCGCCGGUGUUACACAGCGCCGGCGGCGGGCUCAAUCUGCACCGGCGCCGGCUUCAAACAGCGCCUGCGUCAAACAACAGAAAGUUACAUACCUGGCCGCGGUAAGUGAGACAAAGCUACAGGCAAAAGGGGCGUCAAAUGCCGCCAGCGCCGGCAUCAAACAGGAAGAGACGUCCUUGGCCGAGGUAAGAGAAACAAAGCUACAGAUAAGAAAAAGUCGUCAAGGCGCCGCCGCCAGGGCGAGCGGCGUCAAGCGCCGCCGCCUGGUCGAGCGGCGUCAUGCGCCGCCGCCUGGUCGAGCGGCGUCAUGCGCCGCCGCCUGGUCGAGCGGCGUCAUGCGCCGCCGCCUGGUCGAGCGGCGUCAAGCGCCGCCGCCUGGUCGAGCGGCGUCAUGCGCCGCCGCCUGGUCGAGCGGCGUCAUGCGCCGCCGCCUGGUCGAGCGGCGUCAAGCGCCGCCGCCUGGUCGAGCGGCGUCAAGCGCCGCCGCCAGGGCAGCGGCGUCAAGCGCCCAGGGCGACCGUGAAGGUGAAGUUCUCCGCGACAACAUCCAGGAAAUCACUGUGUCCACCAUCCCCGGCGUUGUCAAUUGCAUCUCUGGGUUCAUCUACGAAGUGGUCCGUGAGUUAUUGUUUGAAUUCCUGAGGAACGUUAUUCAGGAUGUCACGAAGCUGUGUUUAUUAUACAUCAUAGGAAAGCUUUGGCUACUUGAAAGCGGCCAAGCGCCAGCUCUGUGUUCUCUGCGACAUCCGGCUACCAAGCCCCGUCAUCGGCAGUGGCGUCAUCUCCGGCCUGAUCUAUAAAGAGGUCCGCGGGUUUCUCGAAGAUUUCAUGAAGAUCGUCAUCUGGGAUGCCACCACCCUAUUUACGAAAAGGCGUGUGUAGGAAAUCAUCAAACCCAAUCGGCGAAGUCAAUCGCAUCUUAUUGCAUGUUGAAAAGCAGGAGCUGCCCUUUGAUUUCAUCUAAAGUUGGAUGUCUCAAUGGCUUUAAUA